CACUACUCAGUACUCACUACUUGCUAGUCGGCAGUCGCUUAGUCGCAGUCAGUCGCGGACGCGGUCGCGUAUAACCGUCGUCKUACGUUCUAUCGUUCUGUCGUCGUCGUUGCCGCGCCGUUAUUAUUUUUACUAUUUUAUUUUCCUAAAUCUUCGACAUAACACGAGUAUUAUUAGUAUUAUUAGUAUUAUUCGCCCGAAGAGCGAACGUUCUUUGCCGACACGAGAUUUAUAAAAUUGUUAUAUGGUUAAAAGAUAAUCCGAUAAAUCGCACCUUGUGUUCUUGUCGUCGUGUACCAACGUCUUCCGGUCAACCAACACGUUCCACCGGAUAAUAUUGGGAUAACACUUAGAACGCCAGCACGCAAAGGACGCGCCGUCGUUGACAAUAAUUCAAUCGAAUAUCGCUUUGCGUUCUCCGUGCCGAUACGACAGCCACACGCAAAACGGAUAGCRACAUGGCGCACGCCCCCGCCGAUCACCGUCGCGCCCACAUCCGUCGUCACCGGGAUUACGUCGAAUGCCAACGGUUUUACGCGGUCACGUAGUACACAGCGGUYCGACGAGCGGUUACCGGCGCGCCCGACGACAAGACGUGUAGGCGCUACGCCGUUGACUUCUUUUCGGUGUUCGCGAGACGCCACGAUGCCACUCCGUCCCGUCGCCGGCCCGUCACCGCGGCGGUUACUGUUCUGAGACCAUGGCAGACAGUGACACCAGGAUGUGGGGCCAUAGCGUGCAGGUAUCGUCCGGUCCGGUCACCGUCACGUCCAUCAAUCUGAUCGCUCCUCGUCUGCAGCCCAACACUCAGAUCACCACGAUAAAAGAGGAACCUCACGACAAGGACGGUACAAUGACCGAAAUAAAAGAUGACAUCAUCGACGAAGUGGGUUCUGAAUGCGAUCGGGAAGUAAGUAAGAUAGACUUCUCUGGAGUUACUAUGAGAAGUAAAAAAAUGAGAGCGGUAGAAGAAAACAUGCCUCGGCCAAUGUCCUGGGAAGGAGAACUUUCCGAUUCGGAAAUGAAACAGGAAGAAGAUAGGACAGUGGACGUGCAGACAGCGAAUCAAAAUUAUUUACUUCCACGAAAUGAAAAUGUAAAUAACCAACAGUCGUCUCCAGUUAAACGAAUUAUUUAUGAUGAUAAUAAUUUGGUCGAUCGAGUGAUGGAGCAUGUCAAGAGCAAAGUAACUUCGUCGAACAACGACAUUCCGUUACUUGUUGAUAAAUUGUUAGGUGGUGGUUACAGCCCUUUACUCCAACAUAGAACUAAUGGAGUUAAACAUACAUCACACAUUCCACCAACUCAAAGCCCAGACUCGGCCAUACACUCUUGUUGCUCACCUGCACAGUCACCAAUCACUUCUAGACAUAAUCCWCCAUCAUCUUCAGGAUUUUCAUCUCCAUCCACAUUCACACCGUCGUCUUUGUCGAGGAAUAAUAGCGAUGCUUCACAAUAUGGUGGAUCACAACAUAGUUCUUGUUAUAGUCAAAGUUAUUCCUCACUGUCUGUUUCUCCUACUCAUUUUUCCCCGACACAAUCACCAAUACAGCCAAGACACAUACAAAGAAAUUUUCAUGAAUAUAAUGUGGCAGAAGAAAACAAUGGCUAUGAAGAGAAGUUGUCAAUGUCUGACAUUGGUCAACAACAUGGCAUAACAUCUGGUAUUUCAAGGCAACAACUGAUAAAUAGUCCCUGUCCAAUUUGUGGUGAUAAAAUUUCUGGGUUUCAUUAUGGCAUAUUUUCAUGUGAGAGUUGUAAAGGAUUUUUCAAGCGAACUGUACAAAAUCAUAAGAACUAUGUGUGCCUACAUGGUUCAGCAUGUUUGAUAACAAUAGCUACACGCAAGAAGUGUCCAGCUUGUCGCUUUGACAAAUGCUUGAACAUGGGUAUGAAACUAGAAGCAAUCAGAGUGGAUAGAACAAGAGGUGGACGUAGUACKUAUCCGUUUACUUACACAAUACCACCUUCUAAUAUGCAGCCACAACAUAGUGGACAGCACUCUGGAAUGAACUCUAAUUCUGUAGAAAAUAAAGUCAAGCAGGAAGAACGAACGUGUAGGUCUCCCCCUCAAGAAGCAGCCAGACUGAUCCCUCCAUUAUUGCAAGAAAUAAUGGAAGUGGAACAUUUAUGGACUUAUAAUGAAGGAUCAUUUGAAUCAACAUGUGCUAGUGGAAGUUCUAUGAAUCAUUGUGGUGGUGCCAAAGAAAUAGCUAAGAGUCGCUUAAUGGCUGAAAAUUCAGGAACCGAUUUCCUUUCUAAUUUAUGCAACAUUGCUGAUCAUCGGCUAUAUAAAAUAGUCAAAUGGUGCAAAUCGUUACCAUUAUUUAAAAACAUUUCGAUUGAUGAUCAGAUAUCGCUAUUGAUAAAUGCCUGGUGUGAGCUACUGUUAUUCAGUUGUUGUUAUCGUUCAGUUAGCAGCCCUGGAGAAAUACGUGUCAGCCUGGGCAAGUCCAUUUCUUUAGAUCAAGCAAGAGAAUUAGGCUUAGCACCUUGUAUUGAGCGUAUGUUGAAUUUUACUCAGCACCUGAGACGUUUGAGAGUUGAUCGUUAUGAAUAUGUAGCCAUGAAAGUCAUUGUGCUGUUAUCAUCAGAUACAAAUGAUUUAAAAGAAUCAGAAAAAGUUCGYGCAUCCCAAGAAAAAGCAUUACAUGCUUUGCAACAGUACACUCUGACACAUUAUCCUGAGAUGCCAUCCAAAUUUGGAGAAUUGUUGUUAAGGAUACCUGAUCUACAACGUACUUGUCAGGUCGGAAAAGAAAUGUUGUCAAUAAAGAGUAAAGAAGGAGAAGGGCAAAGCUUCAAUCUUUUAAUGGAGUUAUUAAGAGGCGAUCAUUAAUAGUUAUUAUUAUUAUCAUUAUUAUUAUUAGUAGUAGUAUUAUUAUAUAAACGUCUGUGAAAGUAUUUCUAAGUUUGUAUCAGUAAUAUUUGUCUAAAAAGUUAUUAUAAUUUCUAUAAAUAUUAAAUAAUAUUUAAUAUAUAAGAUUUGUGUACUAAACCUACACAAUUCUAAUUGUUUU